AUGGAGAAAGCGAAAUAUAUAAGAAUCCAGAUUACGAGUAUGCUCUUUUAGAUGAUAGUCAUUCAGAUAUACAAUCUGAACUUUCUUGUAAUUCAGCUAAUACGAUUACAUCAAGAACUAGUAAUUUAGUUGAAGGCGAAAACUCUACUUUUACAGAAGGCGAAAACUUUACCUUUUCAGAAGAUAAAAAUUUUACUUUUACAGAAACCGUAUCGAAUUUUAUUAAGGCAUAUUCAAAUUCAAAUUUAGUUGAGAAUGAAAACCUUGAAAAUAAUAUUGAUUGGCUUAACUCUGAACUAGAUAUUUCAUCUGAAGCUGGAUCUAACGAAA